CGAAGGUCACUAUCACGCUCACCACGUACGGCGCCAGGAGCCACAACCUCUCCGGCACGUCGCCGUCCGCCUGUCUCCGUCGACUUGUUGAACAGAUGAACAUGUCCUGAUGUUCUGCUCUGGACUGAGCGCCGCACUUUCGUCUCGCUUCGCGCUCAUCCUUACGCUGGUUGAUGCUGCGCUUUGCGUCUUAUUGGUCUGCUGCGCUUUGGCCAUAUGCCGAAGACAGCAGCAAGUCGAGGCAAGGCGAAUUGAGGCCUUUCGCCGACUCGUUCAACGUCUAGAAAAAGCUGACUGGGACACACAUCUACCAUUAUGGUGGAGUGAUGCCUCCGAGUGGGAAGACUUCAAUCCAUUGCUCGACGACGACAUCGAUUGGAAUCGGCAUUCUGCGGUUGCAAAAUCGUACGCUGCGAGCGCCUUCAAUCAUGCAACAGCACUGCGGAGGCUUGGUGCGUGGAGAUCAAGCUCGACUCAUCGCAUGGAUGGGGAUGGGAAAAUGGAAAGGAAGGAGGAUGCGAAGGACACGACGUCUUAAUAAACAGUCUGACGGAGGGUCGAGGCGACCUGUCGUUGUAGCUCAUUGGCACCUACAACACCUAGCGGUCGGAGGAGGGCCUGCUGCAGUACAUACCAUUUGUGAGACCGCACCCUAAAUUCUGACGUUUAUCCCCAAGACAAGGAUGGUGUACGCCCCUGGAUAUCGUCUGAGAGGUGGCGCCUUCUCGCUUCACAUCGCUAUGAAAAGCGGGUAACAUAUUCAACUCUCUUGCAAUUCGAAGAGCAACGCAAAAUUUCUGCAGUGCAUUUUACCGUCGAGACGGCUCGAAUGGCUCCGCGAGCGCUAUGACACAGGCUUCGGACACUCAUUUCUUCGCGACGCUCUGUGACUUUUUACAACUUUCCCGCGGACGUGGGCAACAUCAGGUCGCAUCGGGCGGUUCUUUUCCUGGAAGC